CUUUUUUUUUUUUUUUUUUUUUUUUUUUUCUCCUCCUGUAACACAGAGGAUCUGGCAGACUUUUACCUCCUGACACUGUUUACAGCAUAUAUUGGUCGAUACAGUCCCUUAUUGCAUCUGCUCUGGGAAUAAACGAAAGCAGCUUCAAGGCAGUAAGGGACAAGACACAUUGAAAAGAUGACUUUAAACUCACUGCACAUUUUUCUGGUAUUGAUUAGUGGCAUUUUUUGCCAGUAUGAUUAUGGUCCUGCAGAUGAUUAUGGUUAUGAUCCUUUUGGGCCAUCCUCAGCAGUCUGUGCUCCAGAAUGUAAUUGUCCUUUAAGCUACCCUACUGCAAUGUAUUGUGACAAUCUUAAACUGAAAACCAUUCCAAUUGUACCAAGUGGAAUAAAAUACCUUUAUCUUCGAAACAAUAUGAUUGAGGGCAUUGAAGAAAAUACAUUUGAUAAUGUAACAGACCUACAAUGGCUUAUCCUAGAUCACAACCAUUUGGAAAAUUCAAAAAUUAAGGGAAGAGUCUUCUCUAAACUAAAGCAUCUGAAGAAACUUCACAUUAAUUACAACAAUUUGACUGAAGCUGUUGGACCACUCCCAAAAACUCUGGAUGACCUGCAAUUAAGUCACAACAAGAUCACAAAAGUUAAUCCCAGUGCACUUGAGGGGCUGGCAAAUCUGACUGUCAUUCACCUCCAGAACAACCAGCUGAAAGCAGAUUCUAUUUCUGGGGCAUUUAAAGGACUGAAUUCACUUUUGUAUCUUGACUUAAGCUUCAAUCGACUCACAAAGCUACCAACAGGACUGCCUCACUCCUUGCUUAUGCUGUAUUUUGACAAUAACCAGAUCUCCAACAUUCCUGAUGAGUAUUUCCAAGGUUUUAAAACCCUGCAAUAUUUACGUUUAUCCCACAAUAAAUUAACAGAUUCUGGAAUACCAGGCAACGUCUUCAAUAUCACAUCACUGGUUGAGUUGGAUCUCUCCUUCAAUCAGCUGAAGAGCAUUCCAACUGUCAGUGAGAAUCUUGAAAACUUCUACCUCCAAGUCAACAAAAUUAACAAGUUCCCACUGAGCAGUUUCUGUAAGGUUGUUGGACCAUUGACCUAUUCCAAGAUCACACAUUUGCGCCUGGAUGGAAACAAUCUCACUCGGGCUGACCUGCCACAGGAGAUGUACAACUGCCUUCGGGUGGCUGCCGAGAUCUCACUGGAGUGAGAUGCCUCAGAAUCUUAGAUUCCCUUCUAGGUGGUCAUUAUUACAUGAAUUACAUCAAGAUAGCUCUUUAAAAUUAAAAUAUGCCUUAAAAAAUAUCAGUCUGCAUAUUAACCAUUCUCUUUGUUAAUAUUUAGCAUGCAACACUAAGACAACAGUAAAGAAAUGUGUGCAUACUUUUACAAAUGCUUGUAUUUAGGAAGCACAAGACUGACCAGAUGUGGUGUAAAAUAUGCCUUCAUCUGGUUAGUUAAAUUGAAGGAAAACAUUUGGCCUCAUAGAAAUCUACAUCCAUGCAUUCAGUAUGUGCCAUCUGGUAUCAGACAUAACUACAUAGUCAGAUGGGUUUCAUCAGAGCGUUGAGCAGUAUGGGCUAGCCUGUGUAAAUAGAAGAUUCUCCUGCAAGCAAUCCAGCAUUUUUAAUUAUUCAUGCCUUGCUCAUAUUACCAAUCUCAAGGGAAAACAAAUGAUUUAACAAUAUAAAAACAGUUUAAAAUAUAUGAAAAUAUCUUUCAGAGACCAUUACAAUAUACUAUUAAUGGAAUAUGUAAAAGAUAACAGAAUGAAUAUUUUUUCAGGUUAAAAAUUGUUUAUUUUAUUUUAUUUUUUUUUUUGUCAUGUUUCAUCUAAAUUUUCAUGGCAAGAUUUUAAUCUAUUGCUGGUAAAAUUCUUAUUUCAAAAUAAGUCAUAUAUACAGGUAUUUUUAUUCAAUUACUUGCAUGCUAAUAUUAUCCAAAAUUGUAGAAAAUAAAACAUAGCAAAUAGUAUUUCUGUGCCAAUAUCAUUGUCAACUGUGUUUCAGUCUUUUAUAAAUUAAAAAAAAAAAAAAAAAAAAAAGGUUAAAGUAUGAUAAUCUAAGCUAUUCUAUUUUGCAAAAUUUAUUGUAAGAUUAAAUAAACUGUUUUCUCUACUUUCAAGUUUCAA